AUGCAAGAGAUAUUGGCGCUAUCUUCGAUACCACUAUGGCAAUGCUUCCCCAUGUCAACAAUGUUUAAAAAAUCUGCCUUUUAUCAUCUUCGCACCAUUUCCCGCACAAGGAAAUACUUAUCAACGCAAACUACUGAGAUUCUUAUUCACGCCUUUGUAACUUCCAAACUCAAUCACUGCAAUUCUCUACUAUAUAAUGUCCCUAAGAACGUCAUCAAAAAGCUUCAAUCGCUGCAGAAUGCAGUUGCCAGACUGAUUACACGCUCUAGGAAGUGUGAUCACAUCACUCCCAUCCUCUUCGAUCCUCACUGGCUACCUGUUUCUGAACGAAUUAAAUUCAAGAUUCCACCACUUACCUUCAAGGCUCUGCAUCAGCAAUCUCCAACCUACAUUCAAGACCUAAUCCCCGCUACUUGCCGUCUAGAUCGCUUCGGUCAUCUUCUACGCUCAGUCUGA